GAGCUGCAUAAGCCAAAGGAUGACAGCAGCCAGUCCUGUCUGCAGCCCCGCCUCCUCCCAUUCGUCCUACUCUUCACCUGCUUGCCUCCCAGCAUGCCACAGACACCUGAGAAAAGGCAAAGCCCUCCAGACCAAACUUCACCUGCGCUCUGGCCCCGGCGUGUGGCUCCUGCUGGGUGUAGCCGUGGUUUUGGUCGGGAUGGCAGUCGCAAUAGCGGGCUACGUUUCUGCAGCGCCGAAGCCAGUGGGCGGCCGAGGCAGCACCCACGUUGAGAGGAUGAAACUGGCUGGUCCUGUGGUCAUGGGAGUGGGCUUGUUCAUUUUCAUCUGUGCUGCCACACUUCUCUAUGAGAACCGGGACCAGGAAGUCCUCAGGCAGGAGAUGUCCGACGACCUGGAGGAUCUGAAGGGAGGAAACUGCUGGGAGGAUUUGCAGGAACGGCCCGGCUUCGGCUGCCAGGCGGAGUGGGAGUGUGGAGAUGGAGAGCAGGGGUGCUGGGCCACUCCAGCCCAUGCGUGCCCUCUCUUAGAACACAACUGUGGUCCUCCUCUUCCUCCUCCUCCUCCUCCUCCAUUCGGCAGGAACCGAAAAAACAUCAGCAGUAGAGCAUCCCCACCGCCUGCUUCAGAUGCAGGAGGCAGAGAUAACGAACACAGGGAGGAUGAGGAGGGAAGAUCAACGCUGUUGGCGCGAGUUCUGCACCACCAGGAGCCGACUCCUCAACCUCCCUCCCCCUGCCUGUCCAUCUCCCACUCCUCCGUCAACUCAGAGUCCUGCAACUCCAGUGAAAUCAACUUUAACAUACGGACAGGCUCUCCUCUGCCGACUCAACACUGAACCUCCUACUGAUUUAACUCUCAUAAAAUAUGCAUGAUGAGAUACAUUGGUUUCACAUGCAGGCAUUGAACUAAAGACUGUGUGUUGGUAUGAUUUAGUGCCUCUGAGUGGCGCAGUGGCUCUGAGUCACAUUCUGUGAGCGAUUUUUUUUUUUUUGUGUCCUACAUCUUUUACCGACUCACCCACGUUUGAGAGAUUGGAGCUAUGCUGUUUGAUGUCAACUAGACCCAUCUUGUUGUCUUUGAUCUCACCCCGGCCCAAAAUCCCCAAGGCCACUGCCUGCUUGACCAUAUUAGGACGUGAGGAGAAUAUCUGAAAAAGUUAGUUGGGUGCCAUGGCGGGAGAGGAACACACGUAGGCUACUCCCCCCUUUCUGUUUUACACACACACACACACACACACAUCCUCUCUCGGUGAUACAGCGCCUACAUUUCCUCACUGGUAAGGUUUGGUAAGAGGAUGAGCCAGAUUAGGUGUCCAUUGAGCCUUUAUGUAAUCUCACACAUACUGUAAUCUACUCUUUAUCAGAGCAAAUUGGGUCUCUGUAUAAACAAGAGGAUCACAAAAGGACACACUGCACUCACUCCACACCUACAGCCACUCUAUAAAUACCAGCUGGUGCUUUGUACGCACGCAAUGUGGACUAGAGGUUUUUUUUUCUUCUUCUUUUUGCUGUAAUUCAACAAUUUCUUUUGUCAAAUUUUGUGUCAGCUCCUCAGUUUUCUCCCUAUUCUCGGGUGUGAUGAGACAAGAUCUUUGAGGAUUUGAAUCAGAUUGUAGGUAGAAAGAAAAGAGCAAUGGCUAGAGGGGAAGAAAAAAAAAACCCAGCAAAAUCUGGUCGGUUAUGAGUUAUUCCUGACGCAGCGUAACUGAGAAAAAGCGGCUCUGUGAAUCGUGUAACUGAAGCCUCACUCUCCCACCAUCCCGACCUUUCAUCUCCUCCUGUUCAUCAUCUGAUUCCUACGCUUUUAUUCAAAUACUCCAUCCUCCAUCAUCUCAAUCCUGCAGCCAGAAAAACAAAACAAAAACAAAAACAGUAAAAUAAUGUCAGUUCUAGUGAAUCCAGGCCGAGCAUGUUUGAACAGGCUGAGAGGUAACAGGGGUAGGAUUUUAAUUAUCACCAGCAUUUUCUCCUCCAGCUUCUAAUUACACAGGGGAUCAGUCUGAAGGCUUUUAUAGGUGCUUUAGGACUGCAGAGUAUUUCCUUGUUGUUUGGGCCCAUGCUGGGAUCCUGCCAUCCAGAUGACGACUAAGACUGAAGUGUACAGUAAUUUGCAGCCUCACAUUUCACUCACAUACAGCACCCAUCUUUCUCUUUCUCUCUCUCACACACACACACAGAGUCAGAAGAGGUGUGAUGUGUAGGUACGGUAUGCUGUUUUAGGUGCUGGAUGCAUCUCUCAGGAGCAGGGCUAAGUUUGGUAGAUGUGUCUGAAUCUUCCAACGAGGUUCAAGCAGCCUCCUUCGCACUUAAAGCUCAGAAACGCAGCUCUAACUCGACACACACUCACACACAUAACUCCCUCUCACUGUGAGAAGAGCUGCUGUGUUUACACAAGGGGAGAUGCUGAUUGGCAGAGCUGCCUCUAAACAUUUGUUUCAUCUCUUUGUUAGUCUGAGGAUUUAUAUUUAAUAAAAUAUAUUCAUAUUAUUUUGUCUUUUUUAUCUAUUAGAGAUGUCAAUUUGUUCAGAAGCUAAACCUAUGCUGUGUUGAAACUGUUUUUCUGGUCGUUUAUUUUGGUCACAAUGGUCAAAUAUGUAAAAGAAAGAAAGCUGAUACAUUUCUCAAAAGUUCCUGUAUUUAGAAGGGAUCUCAAACUCAAACUCAGUUUAUCGUUGUUGUUUUUUUCUGGCUUUUUUGAGCCUUUAUUGUAGAGACAGGAGAGUGGAUAGAAUCGGCAAUCGGGGAAAGAGACAGUCAGGAGUUACAUGCAGGACAGGAGCCACAGGUCAGAAUUGAACCCUUGAAUCCACUAGGCUACCGGUGCCCUAACUCAGUUUUUGAUCAAGUAAAACAAAGUAAAGCAACAAAACUCACAUUUUGGAAGUUGAAACCAUAUUUGUAGGAAUUGCUGUAAUAAAUAUCAUAAUUAAACUAUGCUUUUGUUACGGCUGUGGUCAUGUGAGUGGGCCUUUUAACACCAUCCUUAAUUAACACAUUUUAUUCAUAAUGCUUGAUUUAAAAUAGUGAACAGCGCAGCAGCAACACAAAAUACAAAAUCAGUGUAUCUGUUGUCACAAAAUUGUCACAAAAAAUGUCACUCGGUUUCUUUUUAAAAUAUAACUGAAUCUAUCCCUUCCUCUGAGAGAUUAAGUAGGGUGAUAUCCUAGAAGACCGACUGGAGGCCGUAAGCUUCUUAACCAUGCGCUGACUCAGGAUCCACACAACGUCUUCGUUCCAGCAGAGCGAUUAUCAACACUUUUUAUUGGUAUGACAGGUGUGAGUGUUUGAGGAUCAACCAGCCUUUUUUACUAAAGAUUUCACCUGUUUCAGCAGGAAAAAGGGUCCAGUUAAGACAUCUUCUGUGACAAGAUUUAAGCAUCUGCUGCUUUCUGUUAAUGUAAUGUUUCUAUAUCUGGCAUGCAGUAUGUCAACAAAACAGUGGGAUGAGUUUUCAGCUUGGUCUUAUUUGUAACAUUCACACUGUAUCAUCUUUUGAAAUGGCUAAUAAACCAAAUGACAUUUUCUGACAUUAAAAAGGACAACAAAAUCCUUAA